AUGGCAGCGAAAUAUUUGUUAAUAUCGCUGCUUUCCCUAUUGUUGUCGACGAACGCACUAUUGGCGUCGUCGACGGAGUUUCCUUUCCAGAAUUUCUCCCUUCCGUGGGAGGAGCGACUUGCCGACCUGAUCUCCCGACUAGAGCUGGAUGACAUCGUCCUCCAGUUGGCCCGCGGUGGAGCGGGUCCCAACGGCCCGACGCCUCCGAUCCCUCGGCUGGGCAUCGGCCCUUACAACUGGAACACGGAGUGCCUGCGCGGGGAUGUGCAAGCGGGAAAUGCAACCUCCUUCCCGCAGGCCAUAGGGAUCGCGGCGUCUUUCAGUGUUGAUCUGGCAAACAGCUUAGCUUCAGCAACGAGCGAAGAAGUUCGAGCCAAGUACAAUAACUUCACACAGCAUGGGAUCCAUCGGGACCACUGCGGACUGAGUUGCUUCAGUCCAGUCGUUAACAUCAUGAGACAUCCGCUAUGGGGAAGGAAUCAGGAGACAUACGGUGAGGAUCCCUACUUGACCGGCGAGAUGGCCAAGGCGUUCGUCAACGGUUUGCAGGGGCUGCAAGGACCAGCAGCCCGGUACCUUCGGACGGCGGCCGGAUGCAAACACUUCGCGGUCUACAGCGGACCAGAGGACUACCCCAGCUCCAGAUACACCUUCAAUGCCGGGGCAACAGAGAGGGAUCUGUAUAUGACAUAUCUACCAGCGUUUCGUGAAUGCGUCAAAGCAGGGGCCUACAGUGUUAUGUGCAGCUACAACAGUAUCGAUAGCAUUCCUGCCUGUGUAGACCAGCGAUUUCUAACCGACAUCCUGCGCACCGAGUUUGGCUUCAAAGGAUAUGUGGUCAGCGAACGGAACGCCCUGGAGUACGUCUUCCUCAAACACAACUACACUCAGACCCCUCUCCAGACAGCGGUGGCUGGCGUGAAAGCCGGAUGCAACCUGGAGCAGGCUGACUGGGCCCAGAACGUCUACACCAACCUCACCAAGGCAGUCCAGGCGGGCCUCGUGACGGAGGACGAGCUGCGGCAGCUGGUCAGGCCGCUCUUCUACACCAGGCUGAGACUAGGGGAGUUCGACCCGCCCGAGAUGAAUCCGUGGGGCAGGCUGCAGGCCUCCGAGGAGGUGGAAUCCCUUCAGCAUCAGAAUUUUGCCGUUCUGGCCGCCGUACAGUCCUUCGUCUUGUUGAAGAAUGCGAACAACACGCUGCCGAUUGGUCGUGUUAACAAAAUCGCAAUAAUUGGUCCGUUUGCCAAUUCUCCCCAAGACCUUUUUGGCAGCUACGCACCGCAAACCGAUCCCAAAUUUAUCUCAACGCCCUGGGAUGGGUUGAGACGUCUCGGGAGGUCUCAACGGCUGGCAGCCGGCUGUAACAACCCAAUCUGUGACCAGUACAACCAAACGGCCGUCAUGGAUGCAGUGACAGGAGUUGAUCUUGUGAUUGCGUGUCUUGGGACGGGGACUCAGGUGGAGAAUGAGGGACUCGACAGGAGAAACAUGUCCCUACCUGGCCACCAGCUGGAGCUCCUGCAGAACGCUGUCAAAUAUGCUGUAGGCAAACCCUUGAUUCUUCUUCUGUUCAACGGCGGUCCGCUCGAUAUCGGCUGGGCUGACAACAGCACAGGCGUCCACGCGAUCAUGGAGUGUUUCUACCCUGCCCAAGCUACGGGUACGGCUGUGCAUAACGUCUUGAUCAACAGUCAAUUCCCCACAGACGCCAGUCCGUCCGGGAAGCUGCCAUUCACGUGGCCAAGGUCACUGGACCAGGUCCCUGCCAUGACCAACUACAACAUGACCAAUCGCACCUACCGCUAUUUUACUGGAGACCCGCUCUACCCCUUUGGCUACGGCCUCUCGUACACUCAAUUCAAUUACAUCAACAUCACUGUGGGAAACACGACAAUCCAUCCUUGCGAUAACCUGAUGGUAUACGUCACACUGGUAAACACUGGGACUUCCUAUGCAUAUGAGACUGUUCAAGUCUAUAUCAAAUGGCACAAUGCAUCUGUGACCACGCCCAACAUCCAGCUGGCAGCUUUCAACCGGUUCAGGACAACCCCGUACAACAAAGUGACCGACUACCUGACCAUACCGGCCCGCGUGAGGGCAGUAUUCACCAACGCGUUGGUACUUGAGCCCGGGGUCUUUACGGUGUACGGCGGCGGCCAGCAACCAGACCAAAAGAGACAAGUUGGGUCCAACGUGGUCAACACGACGUUUACCGUGGCAGGACCCGUGACGCCUCUUUCAACAUGUCCAUAACAACUCACUCCAUCAAUGUUCAUUUUAAAAAUUAAUACCCUUUUGAUUGAUUGAAAUUCAUCAAGUUAUUUAGAAGGGCAUCGAUAAUUUAAAGUAACGGAAUAAAAUGUGAAAUUGAAGCAAUAACAUCCCAAGUACAGUGACAUCCCCAGAACAGUGACAUCCAAAGUAGAAUGACAUCCCAACUAGAAUGACAUCCCAAGUAUAGUAACAUCCCAAGUACAAUGACAUCCCAAGUACAGUGACAUCCCAAGUACAGUGACAUCCCAAGUAGAAUGACAUCCCAAGUACAGUAACAUCCCAAGUACAAUGACAUCCCAAGUAGAGUGACAUCCCCAGUCUCAGUGGCGCACCCAGAAUUUUUUUUUG